AUGUCCCCGUGUCCCCGCAGGCACUGGCUGGCUGAGGCCUACCCCCGCUUCGCUGUCCCCUACUUCGUCUACGACGUCUACGCUAUGUUCCUGUGUCACUGUCACCGGGGCCGCGUGAAGGGACACGAGGUGGCACCCGCCCCCUCCCCCCGGGCCACUGCCGCCACCUUCCUGCGCAAGGACCUGCUCAUGGUGCUCCACCACGCCGCCAUGGUCCUCGUCUGCUUCCCCGUGGCCACCCUCUGGCGACAGGGGAAGGGCGACUUCUUCUUGGGGUGUCUCCUGAUGGCCGAGCUCAGCACCCCCUUUGUCUGCCUGGGCAAGGUCCUCAUCCUGUAUGACCUUCAGCACACGGCUCUCCACAAGCUCAACGGGCUAGUUCUGCUGGUGACCUUCCUGGGCUGCCGAGUUCUGCUCUUCCCCUACCUCUAC